AUGCGUCUGUUUCUGCUGGCGGUGCUCCUCUGGUGCUCCUGCGCGCGGGCCGGCUGCGAGCCGAAAAUCGUGAACAUCGGGGCCGUGCUGAGCCAGAAGAGAUACGAGCAGGUCUUCAAAGAUGCGGUGACCCAGGCCAACCAGGUCUACGGCAGGGACAAAUUCAAGCUGACCGCCAUCUCCGUAACGCACAAACCCAACGCCAUCCAGAUGGCUCUCUCCGUGUGCGAGGACCUCAUCUCCAGUCAGGUCUACGCCAUCCUGGUGAGUCACCCUCCCCAGUCCAAUGACCACCUCACUCCAACGCCUGUCUCCUACACUGCAGGCUUCUACCGCAUACCCGUGGUGGGGCUGACCACCCGCAUGUCCAUCUACUCAGACAAGAGCAUCCACCUGUCCUUUCUGCGGACGGUGCCUCCCUAUUCCCACCAGGCGCACGUGUGGUUCGACCUGAUGCGCGAGUUCAACUGGAACCACAUCAUCUUGAUAGUGAGCGACGACCACGAGGGGCGGGCCGCUCAGAAGAGGCUCGAGACCCUCCUGGAGGAGAGAGAAACAAAGAAUAAAAAAAGGAACUAUGAAAACCUCGACCAACUGUCCUAUGACAACAAGCGAGGACCUAAGGCAGAGAAAGUCCUCCAGUUCAGCCAGGAGACUAACUUAACUGCCCUGCUGCUGGAGGCCAAAGAGCUGGAGGCCCGAGUCAUCAUCCUGUCCGCCAGUGAGGAGGACGCUGCCGCAGUGUACAAGGCGGCCCGCUUCCUCAACAUGACGGGCUCGGGGUACGUGUGGCUGGUGGGCGAGCGGGAGAUGUCGGGUAAAGCCCUGAGCGAGGCGCCAGACGGUCUGAUCGGCCUCCAGCUCAUCAACGGGAAGAAUGAAUCAGCCCACAUCAAUGAUGCGGUGGCUGUGGUGGCUCAGUCCAUCCAGGAGCUGUUUGAGAAGGAGAAUAUCACGGAGCCCCCGAGAGGAUGUGUGGGCAACACCAACAUCUGGAAAACAGGGCCACUCUUUAAACGGGUGCUGAUGUCGUCGAAAUACCCCGAGGGCCUCACAGGACGCGUGGAGUUCAAUGACGACGGAGACAGGAAGUACGCCCAUUACAGUAUCCUCAACUACCAGAAGAGUCGACUCAUUCAAGUCGGCAUAUACAAUGGAACGCAGGUGGUGAUGAACAAUCAGCGGAAGAUCAUCUGGCCCGGAGGAGAGACGGAGAAACCGCAGGGCUUCCAGAUGUCCACUCGAUUAAAGAUAGUGACGAUACACCAGGAGCCAUUUGUGUAUGUGAAACCCACUCAGCUGGACGGAACAUGCAAGGAGGAAAUGACUUUAAACGGAGUCUUAAUUAAAAAGGUUAUCUGCACUGGGCCCAAUGAGACCAUCCCAGGACGUCCAAUUGUACCCCAAUGUUGUUAUGGAUUCUGUGUUGAUCUCCUCAUCAAGUUGGCUAUGACCAUGAACUUCACCUAUGAGGUGCAUCUGGUGGCCGAUGGGAAGUUCGGAACUCAGGAGCGGGUGAACAACAGUAACAAGAAAGAGUGGAAUGGCAUGAUGGGCGAGCUCCUGGGGGGCCUGGCCGACAUGAUUGUAGCCCCACUGACUAUAAACAACGAACGAGCCCAGUACAUCGAGUUCUCCAAACCCUUUAAAUAUCAAGGCCUCACCAUCCUUGUUAAAAAGGAAAUCCCUCGCAGUACGCUGGACUCGUUCAUGCAGCCGUUCCAAAGCACGCUGUGGCUGCUGGUGGGUCUUUCGGUGCAUGUGGUGGCGGUGAUGCUUUACCUACUAGACCGGUUCAGCCCGUUUGGAAGAUUUAAAGUAAACAGUGAAGAGGAAGAAGAAGAUGCCCUCACCUUAUCAUCUGCUAUGUGGUUCUCCUGGGGAGUGUUGCUGAAUUCUGGUAUAGGAGAAGGUGCACCGCGCAGCUUCUCAGCGAGAAUCCUGGGUAUGGUGUGGGCCGGAUUUGCCAUGAUCAUAGUGGCUUCUUAUACUGCCAACCUGGCUGCCUUCCUGGUGUUGGACAGGCCUGAGGAGCGCAUCACCGGCAUCAACGACCCGAGGCUGAGAAACCCAUCCGACAAGUUCAUCUACGCCACGGUGAAGCAGAGCUCCGUGGACAUCUACUUCCGGCGGCAGGUGGAGCUUAGCACCAUGUACCGCCACAUGGAGAAGCACAACUAUGAGAGUGCCGCCGAAGCUAUCCAGGCCGUGCGUGACAACAAGCUGCAUGCUUUCAUCUGGGAUUCCGCGGUGCUGGAGUUUGAAGCCUCUCAGAAGUGCGACCUGGUGACCACAGGAGAGCUGUUUUUCCGCUCGGGCUUUGGCAUUGGCAUGCGCAAGGACAGCCCCUGGAAACAGAACGUGUCCCUGGCCAUUCUCAGUUCUCAUGAGAACGGCUUCAUGGAAGACCUAGAUAAAACCUGGGUGAGAUACCAGGAGUGUGACUCACGGAGCAAUGCCCCAGCCACACUCACCUUUGAAAACAUGGCAGGAGUUUUCAUGCUGGUGGCAGGAGGAAUAGCUGCAGGGAUCUUCCUAAUCUUCAUUGAAAUCGCCUAUAAGCGGCAUAAAGACGCCCGCAGGAAGCAGAUGCAGCUCGCCUUUGCGGCGGUCAAUGUUUGGAGGAAGAACCUGCAGGAUAGGAAAAGUGGUAGAGCAGAGCCCGACCCCCAAAAGAAAGCCUCUUUUAGGUCCAUCAGUACCACCCUGGCUUCCAGCAUCAAGAGACGUAGGUCCUCCAAAGACACGCAGUACCCACCCACUGACAUCACGGGCCAACUCAACUUGUCUGACCCGUCUGUCAGUACCGUGGUGUAA